GAGGGGCCCGCCGCGCCCGCCAUCUUGAAACAACCGCCACUCGAGGCGUCGAGCCGGGGCCGCCACGCCCCGGCCGCCAGGCUCGGUCCCCAUUGGCCGCUCGGCGCAGAGGCCCGCCCCCGCUUGCGCCUCCGGCCCCGGCGAGGGGAGAGGCUCCGGGCCGAGGCGAGGCGGGGUCGCGGAGAUGUGAAGUGAAGCCCGGGCCAGGGUCGCGGGAACGAGCGCCAGGAGGAACCGUUGCUGCCAAAGCCGCCCGGGCCGCCCAUCCUCUCCUGGCGGAGCCCUCAGGCGCUGAAAACUACAACUCCCGGCAUGCUCUGAGCCCGACGGCCGCAGACCUGAGGCGGGGUCGGGCGCGUCAGCCGGCAGGCCGGCUGUCCACGGCGGCGCCGGGGACUGGGGCCGCCGCUGCUGCGCGCGGGGUGAGAACGCGUGCCAUGGAGGAGACACCGCCCCCACUGCAAGCCGGCAGCAAGCCACACCUUGAGAAGUUGACCCUGGGCGUCACACGCAUCCUGGAAUCUUCUCCAGGUGUGACAGAGGUGAGCAUAAUAGAAAAGCUGCCUGCUGAACGCCAUAUGAUUUCUUCAUGGGAACAGAAGAACAAUUGUGUGAUGCCUGAGGAUGUGAGAAACUUCUACUUGAUGACCAAUGGUUUCCACAUGACCUGGAGUGUGAAGCUAGAUGACCACAUUAUUCCACUGGGAAGCAUGGUGAUUAACGGCAUUUCAAAACUGACCCAGCUCAUCCAGUCUUCAGUGUACUCACUUCCUAAUGCACCAACUCUGGCAGACCUAGAGGAUGAUACUCAAGAAGGCAGUGAAAACCACCAGCUAGAGAAGCCUCACUUUGACUGCCGCAGUGCGAUAUUUGAGCUGGAUUCAUGCAAUGGGAAUGGAAAAGUUUGUCUCGUCUACAAAAAUGGGAAACCCGGAUUAGCGCAUGACACUGAGAUUUGGUUCCUGGACAGAGCAUUAUACUGGCAUUUUCUCACAGAUAGCUUUACCGCCUAUUACCGCCUGCUCAUCACCCACCUGGGCCUGCCCCAGUGGCAAUAUGCCUUUACCAGCUAUGGCAUUAGCCCACAGGCCAAGCAAUGGUUCAGUAUGUACAAACCCAUCACCUACAACACAAGCCUGCUCGCAGAAGAGCCCGACACCUUUGUGAACAAGCUGGACCCCAGCAAAGUGUUCAAGAGCAAGAACAAGAUUUUAAUUCCAAAAAAGAAAGGGCCUGUGCAGCCUGCCAGUAGCCAAAAAGGACCUGGGCCGUUAGCUCCUCCGACCUCUAAGCCUUCAACAGGUUCUGGAAACCCUGUCCGAAAAUGAGCCUUCUAUCACCUCACAUCAGUAAUAUCCAGGCACAGAUGGCCCUGUGGCAGCCCCACCCUCAAACAGGUGUUGGCAUUCUCCUGAGUGACCAAAGCCUUAGGCCUUUGCUCCCACUGUCAUUAGCCAGGAGCUGGGACAAUCACACUGAAUUCUCCCCAGGAGUUCCUUUCUCUGUAGGUUGUGCCAGCUUCAUCUCCAAAAACCAACCAAGAGUUUCAGAUGUACCUAGAGCUUUCUUAUGUCUGUACCCAAUCCUUAACUUCUUAGCAGUAAUUAGAGAGGUCACCUUCCCAUGGUUUUUGACACAUGAAGCGUCAAUAAUGACUAGUCAUGUGACCAUCUCAGUUAUGAAAAUCUCACACCUUCAAUUGCAUUAGCUACACUUCAGGUAUGCACCUGAUAGUAGAUUUCAUAUUGGACAGCACGGAAAGGGGAACAUUUCUGUCAUAGAAGUGUUUUGGACAACAUUGCAUGUGCAUACUUUUAUACUGUUCUUCAGAUACAAUAAUGUUAAUGCCUUAGCUUCAUGUUUUGAGAAAACACUUUCAAAGACACAGUCUUGUGUUCUUUACAACCUAUACCACAAGCACAUCUCACUUGAGUCAAAUUUCUAUAAAAUACCAUGUUCCUGAUCAGUUUGCUAUGAGGACGUUUGUUUCCAGCUUUGCAUCUAUGUUUAUACAUUUGCCAAAUCAUCUUUAAAAGAGAUCAACCCCUUCUGUAUUUUAUCUGUUAACUCUCGGGGUAUCAUUUGCAAAUAAAGCCAGUCUGUUAAGAAUU